AUGGCAAAUAUGAGCAUUACUCAUUCUAGCCGUGAAAGCGAAGUAGGAGGAAUCAGCGAAGAAAAGAGAACUCUGGAACAAUAUGAACUAGAAGUACUAGAAAAGGUUGAUGAAAGGUCCAAAGAUCUCGAUGCGGGUGCUAAGUUCUUACAAGAUCACUCAGAGCAUGCAAAUUAUACGCCAGAGGAAGCGAAGAAAGUAUUAAGAAAGAUUGACUGGAUGCUUAUGCCAAUUAUGACAAUUGUUAUCACACUUGCGGCUGCUGAUAAGAUUAUUAUAUCUAAUGCAGCCAUCUAUGGCAUGAAAGUUGAUGCUGAUUUAGUUGGCAAUCAGUAUUCUUGGCUUGGAUCGAUAUUUUAUUUUGGAUACUUGUUAAUGGAGUUUCCGGCAAACUACAUUAUUCAAAAGCUUCCAGUUUCCAAAACAUUAUGCACAUCUUUUUUCGCCUGGUGUAUUGUGUUGAUGUGUAUGGCUGCUGGUAAAAAUUUUGGAUCGCUAGCAGCUAUGAGGUUUCUACUUGGAAUGGGAGAGGCUUUUCUCUUUCCAUCUUUAACUGUUAUCACCGCAAUGUUCUACAAGAAAUCGGAACAGCCCUUUAGGACUGCCAUUUGGUUUUCGGGAUUUUCUUCCGUCAUAACAGGUAUUCUAUCCUAUGGAUUAGGACAUGCCCACUCUGCAAUUGACAAUUGGCGUUUGCUCUUUUUAGUUUUUGGUGCCAUAACAUUUUUCUUUACUAUUAUAAUGUUUUUCUUGUUGCCUGAUUCGCCAAUGUCAUGUCGCUUAUUCAAUGAAAGGGAAAGUUAUAUUGCUGUCCACAGAACAAUGGAAAACAUGACAGGUACAAAAAAUUCUGUUUUUAAAAAGAAUCAACUGUGGGAGGCUUUGAUGGACUGGAAAACCUGGGUCAUGUCUAUUUUCGUUUUAUCCAUUAACAUCAGUAACGGUGGGUUAGUGACAUUUGCUGCCCAAAUUGUAUCGGGCCUUGGUUAUUCUCCCCUUAACACAACGCUUUUGGGGAUCCCAACUGGUAUUUUUAUGACUUUGAGCAGCUGGUUGAUAGCUUUACCCAGUUUAAAGUACCCUAGAAAGUACAGAAGUAUAAGCACUGCAAUUGUAUGCUUGUGUCCCCUUAUAUGCUGUGCUUUGAUGAUGAGCUUAGAUAGCGGCAAGUUGCUAGCAGCGUACUACUUCUUUUACUUUUAUUGGGGUCCAUAUGUUAGUAUGACAACUUUAUCGAUGGCAAACACUUCUGGCCACACAAAGAAGACUGUUGUAAAUGCUGUAAACUUUAUUUCAUACUGCGUUUCCAACAUUAUUGCUCCACAAUUUUUUAUUACUAGUCAGGCUCCUACUUACCAAACAGGUUACCGUGCUAUUUUGGGAUUCACUGCAGCAGCAGUGUUAAGUAUAAUUGCGUAUGGUGUGGGUUGUCUUUAUGAAAAUGCAAGGCGAGAUAAGAAAUAUGGCCCUGUUCCCGAAAACUUCGUAGAAGAAGAAGGGUUAGAUUUGACAGACAUUGAAAAGGAGAAGUAUUUUCGAUAUGUUUGGUGA